UACAGGAGAUGACCAGAGGCUGCGGACACAGUACAGGAGAUGACCAGAGACUGCGGACACAGUACAGGGGAUGACCAGAGACUGCGGACACAGUACAGGGGAUGACCAGAGACUGCGGACACAGUACAGGAGAUGACCAGAGACUGCGGACACAGUACAGGAGAUGACCAGAGACUGCGGACACAGUACAGGAGAUGACCAGAGACUGCGGACACAGUACAGGGAUGACCAGAGACUGCGGACACAGUACAGGGGAUGACCAGAGACUGCGGACAGUACAGGAGAUGACCAGAGACUGCGGACACAGUACAGGAGAUGACCAGAGACUGCGGACAGUGCAGGGGAUGACAAGAGACUGCGGACAUAGUACAGGAGAUGACCAGAGACUCUGGACACAGUACAGGAGAUGACCAGAGACUGCGGACACAGUACAGGAGAUGACCAGAGACUGCGGACACAGUACAGGAGAUGACCAGAGACUGCGGACACAGUACAGG